GCGCCAGCCUCUACUAGAAUAAUUAUAUAUUGCUGACACGACAAAGAUUGCUCUGUAUGUUCUCCACAAUACAAAAUUUGUCUUCUGAUUAUUUGUACAAGUUAGGUAAGUACUGAAAAUGAAAUUGAGAUAAAUAUAUGUACUUGAUAAGUAAAGUUAUGACGUUAAAAUUUGGUCGGUGCAAACUAUGAGUACAUGGAAAAUAAGAGCCUCGAUUCUAUUCUCUUCAAGAAAAACAAAAGCUCGAUGCUGGACUGGCAAAUGCGUUUCAAGAUCAUAUGUGGGAUUGCACGAGGCCUCCUCUAUGGCUCUAUCUACACCAAGAUUCAAGAUUCAGAAUCAUCCACAGGGAUCUCAAGGCGAGCAACAUCCUUCUGGAUAAAGAUAUGGUCCCAAAGAUAUCGGAUUUCGGCAUGGCAAGAAUCUUCGGGGGAGAUCAAACUGAAGCCAACACCAAAAAAGUUGUCGGAACAUAGUAAGCUGCUGCUGCUGCUAAAUAUUAAUAGAUCAAUCUGAAGAGAUGGUUUAUUGAUUGUAAGUUUUGGUUCAAUCCAAGGAAUGUAAGACUCAAUAUUCCAACGUGGCGCCGUCAUAAAUCUUGCAGAAUCAUCAAAUGUUCAUCAACCAAUAUAAUAGUACAUUAAAAUAAUCUCCAACGAGAUAAUCUAAAAGUGUAGAAAAUGGCUUUGAUAACGCUUCAACUGCCUUGAUUACGCCGCUACCCAUUGUGAAAUCCGUAGCGAGCUGAACAAUGAGAUCUUUUGUUUCUUCAUGGCAUGCAAACGCAACAAGAAAAAACCAAAAAUCUCCACAUAUAAUGUCAAGAAAGAUACCAUCUAUGCCACAGCUCAUCGUGGGAAUCAAUUUGAAGAAAACCCAAGUUUAUAAAACUCCCCAAGAAUGCAGUCUCAGCUGCAUAUUCACUCUGCACACCAGGUGUUUGCUGUAUGUCGUAACCGAAGUUUUUCACUUGGCACACAAGGUGUUUGUUGUAUGUCCUGACCGAACUUUUCCCUUUUCCGACAUUUGAUCAGCCAUGGCGAACUGGACCGCGCUCCUCCCGGCGAACCUCGUCCCCGACGACGCCAACCCCGAGUGGAUGAACAAAGGGGACAACGCUUGGCAACUGACGGCGGCCACCCUCGUCGGCCUGCAAAGCGUGCCUGGGCUGAUCAUCCUCUACGGCGGCGCUGUGAAGAAGAAGUGGGCCGUGAACUCGGCCUUCAUGGCGCUCUACGCCUUCGCCUGCGUGCUCGUGUGCUGGGUUUGCUGGGGCUACCGCCUCUCCUUCGGCGAUCAGCUUGUUCCCAUUUGGGGAAAAAUAAAUGUGGCUUUGUCUCAGCAUUACCUCUUUGAGAAGGCAUUCACGGGGAACUUCCCCAACGCUACAAUGGUGUAUUUCCAGUUCGUCUUCGCGGCCAUCACCUUGAUCCUCAUCGCUGGGGCCGUGCUGGGCCGGAUGAACUUCUACGCGUGGAUGUUGUUUGUGCCCUUGUGGCUCACCUUCUCCUACACCAUUGGAGCAUACACAAUUUGGUCCCUCAACGGCUGGCUCUCCAAGGCUGGGAUGAUCGACUACUCCGGUGGCUACGUCAUCCACCUCUCCUCCGGCGUUGCUGGCUUCACCGCUGCAUACUGGGUUGGGCCUCGGCUGACUAAGGAUAGGGAGAGAUUUCCACCCAACAACAUCCUACUUAUGUUGGCUGGGGCAGGGCUGCUCUGGAUGGGGUGGACGGGGUUCAACGGAGGCGACCCUUACGCUGCCAACAUUGACGCGUCUCUGGCCAUUCUCAACACUCAUGUCUGCACUGCUACGAGCUUGUUGACUUGGCUGUUGCUCGACAUCCUGUUCUUCGGGAAACCAUCUGUUAUCGGGGCAGUUCAGGGCAUGAUCACCGGCCUCGUAUGCAUCACCCCUGCAGCAGGAGUUGUACAAGGUUGGGCUGCCAUCAUAAUGGGGCUGUGCUCGGGCUCGAUCCCUUGGUUCACCAUGAUGGUUGUGCACAAGAAGUCGGAGCUCCUUCAGAAGGUCGAUGACACCAUGGCCGUGUUCCACACGCAUGCAGUGGCCGGGUGCCUCGGAGGGGUCCUAACCGGCCUCUUUGCCAACCCGAGGCUCUGCUAUCUGUUCUAUGGGAAGUAUAACAGAUAUGUUGGACUGUUCUAUGGCAUUCAGAUGGGGGCUUACGGCCACGGAUUCAGGCAGAUAGGGCUUCAGCUCGUGGGCGUGGUGUUCGUGGUUGGUGUCAACAUUGUGACGACAAGCGUGAUAUGCUUUGUGGUGAAACUCUUCGUGCCACUGAGGAUGACGGAGGAGGAUAUGGAGAUCGGGGAUCAGGCAGCUCACGGGGAGGAUGCUUACGCGAUAUGGGGGCAGGGCGAGAGGAACGAGAACUCCCGGUUUUCGACCUACAACGAUGUGGAGACAGGAUCGCCCAGAGCUAAGGGCCAGGUUGAGAUGACAUGAUUUGUUUUUGUGUAUCUCUGCUUCAAGCAUCUUGUUGAAGUUGGAAGGGAAGGUGCAGUUUCUGAUUUAUCUGAGAAUCCGAUGUGUGGGGUUUGUUUGUCCAAAUUGGAGUGUGGCAUUAUAAAAAACUUUUAGGAUGUAAUCCAGAAAUGUGGAGAGAAUAAUAUUUCGGGUUUGCUAA